CAUAUUCUAUCUUUUCUUAUAUAGUUAUACUUAUCUAUUUUGUUGAAUCUAGUAUUUUCCAUAUGUACUGUAGAUGUAGUAUACCUAUAAAUACAUUUACUUGAGAUUUUAUUCAAGAGCCAUUCAAAACGACUACGACUAGCUCCAAAAGCGACGGUGGAAGAUGGGGCAAGUACCGUUACGACGGAGGGAUCUAGUGAUGGUCGGUGGUUGCUUGGCCGUUGCCGGAUUCUUAAGUUUUGUGAUCUACCAAAUUAACAUUGGUGUUUAUCCACUAGGACCACUACAACAGUUCUUCCACCUCUCCGAUGUCGUUAGUAAUUCUAUUUACCUAUCCAUGUAUCAUCAUCAAGAAGAUGUGAAAGAAUUGACCAAAAUCCUGACAGAAGCAGCUACGGAAGAUAAGACGGUGAUCAUAACCACCUUAAACCAGGCUUGGUCUCAGCCGAACUCGACGUUUGAUUUGUUUCUCGACAGUUUUCGUGUCGGUAAAGGGACUCAGCCAUUACUCCGACACCUUGUGGUGGCUUGUCUCGACGUGGAUGCCUAUUCUCGGUGCUUAAAGGUCCAUCCCCGUCGCUGUUAUUUCAUGAAAACCGCCGGAGUUGAUUUCGCUGGCGAUAAGGUGUUCAUGACCCCGGACUAUCUCAAGAUGAUGUGGCGUCGUAUAGAGUUUUUGGGUACUUUGUUAAAGCUCGGUUAUAACUUUAUCUUCACGGACAUAGAUAUAAUGUGGUUUCGAGAUCCAUUUCUUCGUUUAUCUAAAGAUGUAGAUUUCCAAAUCGCGUGUGACCGUUUUAAUGGAGAUCAUAACGACAUCCGCAACAAUGUCAAUGGUGGUUUCACUUUUGUUCAAGCCAAUCCACGAACCAUAAAUUUCUACAACUAUUGGUACAUGUCGAGGCUGCGGUUUCCGGAUAAACACGACCAAGACGUGUUCAAUAUAAUCAAAAGCAGUUGGUACACUGCAAAAAUUGGACUUAAAAUGAGUUUCUUGGACACGAAAUACUUUGGAGGGUUUUGUGAGCCAAGUAAGGACUUGGAUAAUGUUUGUACAAUGCAUGCCAAUUGUUGUGUGGGACUAGAGAAUAAAAUUAAAGAUUUGAGACAAGUGCUGGAGGAUUGGGAGAAUUAUUUGUCCGUGGCGAAGACAAGGGAUGGUCAAAAUUUGUCAUGGCGAUACCCAGAGAAUUGCAUGAAGAAGAGUACAUGGGGGAAAAUAUAAAUGAAAAACUAUAGAUAUAUUAUGUUAUUUAUCAAAAACUCUUAUCAUUGUAAAUUAUAUUUUUGUAACCAUGAAUAACAAAAGAGUCUCUCGUUUUGAUGGUA